GAUAGUCCUCCAUUACUCAUCUUUGUCGACCCUGCUGUGGAUUGGAGUGGCAAUGAGAGUCAUCUACAAGGAAGUGACACACAAACCACCCCAGCAACAAGAGCUUGAAGUCCCUUCACCCAGCCAGAGACCAAUGCUCAGGUUUUAUCUCAUCGCGGGAGGCAUUCCUUUAAUAAUCUGUGGGAUCACAGCGGCUGUGAAUCUACACAAUUACAGUGGCUACAGCCCAUACUGCUGGUUGGCCUGGAAGCCGAGCCUGGGAGCGUUCUACGUACCAGUGGGAUUCACUGUACUGGUCAGCUGGAUCUACUUCCUGUGUGCUGCCCUGCAUCUCCGCUGUUACCCACAGGGCAAGGCCAAAGGUCAAAGGGCACCAGAGGGAGAGCAGCAGCUUGCGGCCAACGGCAUCCAGCUGACAGACUCGGGAUCGGGAUCGGGAUCGGGAUUGGGAUCGGGUCUUUCUGAUGGUCCCUCGCUGACCAAUGAGAAUGAGGAUACCCUGGAGGGCCAUCUCUGGGCCCUGAUCACCACCCAGUUCCUCUUCAUCGGCCUUUGGACAUUCGGAGCUCUGUCUGUCUCUCAGGGCCAGUCUUUGCGGAUUGUGUUCAGUUGUUUGUACGGGGUGACAGCAGUCAGCCUGGGUCUCCUGGUGCUGAUCCAUCACUGCCUCAAGCAGCAGAAUGUCUGCAGGCCAUGGCUGCCCUGUCUAGGGCCAGGACCCACAGUGAACAGCAGCUUGUCCGCCCCUCCUGUCGGCCUUACCCAGAGCCUGGGGCCUCAGCUCUGCCUGCCAGCCUGGAAGCCAGACAGCCCGCACUCCAACAAGUCCUCCUCGCUGGGCAGUAACUUCUCCGGGGCGGGCCAGGGCAAACUGAGCAACCUGCAGGCAGCCCUGAACCAGUCGGACUCCCCCAACCCCAACGGCCUGACACCGUGCGACGUGGAGGAGCUGCCACAGUGCAGCAGUCAGUGGGCCCGGGCCAAGGCACCUCGCCAGUGUAAACAGCACCACAUCAGGAGGCCGAAGGGGGCAGUGUCAGACGUGGGCUCCAGUGAGCAUGGCAGCCAGCUGGAGAGUUGUGCCAGCAGUCGCACCAGCCAGUGGAGUCACCUCGGCACGGGGAGAGGGGUAGCUGAACCAGAUGCCAGCGUGAGCCCCUCAGAGGGGAGCGACACUGGCAGCCAGCCCCAAUGCCAAAGCGCGGCAAUACAGUGCAGCGUCAGUGGGGAGGACCUGAAACAGCCGGCCACCUUGGACAACCAAGUCAAGCGAAGGUGCUACCCACUGAACAUGGCCAGCCAGAAUGGCACACUCAAGGGAAGCAAGUAUGAUGUCACGCUGUUGGGCGUUGAGGGAAACCCAACCAUAAAUGCCAGCAUGUGGAAGAGUGAGACAACAGUGUAGCUCAUUGCCGACA